AUGCAUCUCUCCCUGUGGAAGCCGCUCUCCCACUGCGCCGCCAUCCUCCUCUCCAAGAACCACCGGCGGCGCGGUGGGGGAGGCGGUGGGGGCACUGGCGGGCAUGGCGGCGGCAACGGCCGGCGUGACGACCCGGCGUCGUUCCUCCGGCAGCUGCGCGACGCGCUGGACGCCGCGUCGGAGGAGGGCGCCCUCUGCCCGCCGCCCGACGCCGCCGGCGCCGAGGAGGACGCCGCCGUCACCCGCUCCCGCUCCCUGGCGCGCCUGCGGGCGCAGCGCGACUUCCUCCGCGCCACCGCGCUCGCCGCCGCCGCCGGCCCGUUCCGCUCCAUCUCCGACCUGCCGCUCCUCGCCCACGCCAUAGCCACCUUCCUCUCCAUGUAUCCGGACUACGCCUCCACCUCCGACGUCGACCGCCUCCGCCUCGACCACUACUCCCACCUCGACGCCCCCGGCGCCGGCAGGGUCUGCUUGGACUACUGCGGCUUCGGCCUCUUCGACUCCAGCUGGGACUCCUCCUCCUCGUCCUUCACAUUGUCCGAGCUCAAUGCCAAUCUGAGCAACCACGCGCUCUACGGUGGCGCUGAGCCCGGCACGGCGGAGAAUGACAUCAAGGAGCGGAUCCUCGAGUACUUGAAUGUGCCGGCCAGCGAGUACGCCCUGGUGUUCACUGUCAGCCGGGGGUCAGCGUUCAAGCUGCUCGCUGAGUGCUACCCAUUCGAGAACAACCGAAGGCUGCUCACCAUGUUUGACCAUGAGAGCCAGUCGGUGAACUGGAUGGCGCAGAGUGCGCGGGCAAAGGGUGCCAAGACGCGCACCGCAUGGUUCCGCUGGCCCACUCUCAAGCUCUGCUCGACGGAGCUGCGCAAGGAGAUCGUGGGCAAGAAGAAGGCCAGGCGACGGGAUGCUGCAGUCGGAUUGUUCGUGUUCCCUGCACAGUCUCGGGUGACCGGCGCCAAGUACUCCUACCAGUGGAUGGCGCUGGCACAGCAGAAUGGCUGGCAUGUUAUGCUUGAUGCUGGUGCACUUGGUCCCAAGGACAUGGACUCGCUGGGGCUCUCGCUGUUCCGGCCAGACUUCAUUAUAACCUCAUUCUACCGGGUGUUUGGUUCUGACCCAACUGGAUUUGGUUGCCUUCUGAUCAAGAAGUCAGUUAUUGGGAGCUUGCAGGGGAGGAAUGGCUGCAAUGCCUCUGGGAUGGUUAGGAUUGUUCCAGUCUUUCCACAGUACCUGAGUGACUCCAUCGAUGAAUUUGAUGCAGUGGAAACGGAGGGGCUUGAAGACGACGCUUGCACUCCGAUAGAUGAAAAUCCAGUGCCUGAUGUCAGGAAUGGCUCUCAGCUGCCAGCAUUUUCAGGUGUGUACACGUCUGCUCAGGUCAGAGAGACGUUUGAGAGUGACCCUGGUCGUGAUAGCAGCUCGGAUAGGGACGGGGCGAGCACCAUUUUUGAAGAAACUGAGAGCAUAUCUGUCGGUGAGGUGAUGAGGAGUCCAGCAUUCAGCGAGGACUGUUCAUCAGAGAACUCUUUCUGGGUUGAUGUUGGCCAGAGCCCGUUGGGGUCAGAGAAGUCUGGUCAGUUCAAGAAAGGGAAACUGGGAUCACCAUUACCAUCGUCUUGGUUCACUGGCAGAAAGGGUAACAAGAGGAUGUCACCCACAUCAAGGAUAUCUAGAAGCCCACUUUAUGAUGGUAAUGUGAUUUCUUUUGAUGCUGCUGUAUUGUCAGUUUCACAAGAUGUAGACUGCCUCAGGGAAGACCCUGAAGAAGAAAUCUAUGAGAAUGGCCGGGGAAAUCAUUUCAGGCAAGUUAGUGAAAUCCAGGAGGAGCCAGAGGUGGAAGAGGUUGCAUGCCAACAUGCCAUGAAUGGUGAUUUGGACCACAAAGAAAGUGCGAUAAGAAGGGAGACUGAAGGGGAAUUUCGGCUGCUGGGACGGAGGGAUGGAAACAGCAGGUUUGCUGGCGGUCGUCUCUUCGGUGUUGAAGAGAUUGACGGAGCUAUAAGCAUGGGGCGCAGGGUUUCAUUCAACACUGAGGCAAAUAUGAUUGCUGACAGACUACAUCGGGCCUCAGAUGCUGCUGAAGCGUCUGGAUAUCCAUUUCGUGAUGACGAUGCCUGUAUAAGUGAUGGGUAUGAUGAUGCUCAAGACUGGAGCAGGAGGGAACCAGAGAUAAUUUGCAGGCACAUUGAUCAUGUUGAUAUGAUGGGGCUCAACAGAACAACUCUUAGGUUAAGGUACCUUAUCAAUUGGCUAGUAACUUCGCUGUUGCAGCUGAAGCUGCCAGGCUUGAAAGACAGUGAUGGAGUUCCUCUUGUCCACAUUUAUGGUCCAAAGAUUAAGUAUGAAAGGGGAGCGGCCGUUGCUUUCAAUCUGAAGCAAAGUGGUGGCGCUUUCAUUAAUGCUGAAUUUGUCCAGAAGAUAGCUGAGAAAAAUGGCAUAUCUCUCGGCAUCGGUUUUCUUAGUCAUAUAAAGAUAGACCCAAACCAGAAGCAGUCAAAUGGAGCACUAGAUAUACCCGAGGCUUCCUUUUAUAAGAAUGGUCGCAGAGACAGUAAAAAGGUGACUGUAAGAGUUGAAGUUGUGACUGCUUCGCUUGGCUUCCUCACUAACUUUGAAGAUGUGUACAAGAUGUGGGCAUUUGUUGCCAAGUUCUUAGAUCCUUCAUUCCUGGAAAGUGAGCGCAUUGCCAUAGCUACUGACCAAAUGGAGGCGAUAGCUGCUGAGCACAUGCAAGGGCAAAUUUGA